AAGGCAGUGGCAGCUCACUAUGGCCCUGGCAGACAACGCGGGCUGUGCCAAACCCAGCGAGGAUUUCCCCUUCCCCGAGAUCAUUGAACUCAAUGUGGGUGGACAAGUCUACAUCACCCGCCACCCCACCCUGGUCAGCGUGCCUGGCUCACUCCUCUGGGAGAUGUUCACCCAGAAGAACGUCCGCUCCCUGGCCCGUGACAGCAAGGGACGGUUCUUCGUGGACCGGGAUGGCUUCCUCUUCCGCUACAUCUUGGAUUACAUGAGGGACCAGCAGCUGGUGCUGCCCGACCACUUCCCAGAGAGGAGCCGCCUGCAGCGAGAGGCCGAGUACUUCAUGCUGCCGGAGCUUGUGAAGAUGUUAGCCCCCAAGCUCAGCAAGCAGAAUUCGCUGGGUGACGACCCAUGCCAAAGCGACCCGGAGGAGCUCUCCCCCAAUGCAGAUGCCACCCGCAGCCUGACCUCUGCCAGCGCCAUGCUGCCCCCNNNCCGCAGGGCGGGUUUCAUCACCAGCGGCUACCGGGGCUCCUACACCCUGGGCAGGGACAGCCAGACGGAUGCCAAGUUCCGCAGGGUGGCACGAAUCAUGGUCUGUGGCAAGACAUCGCUGGCCAAGGAGGUCUUUGGGGACACCUUGAACGAGAGCAGGGACCCAGACAGGCCCCCGGAGAGGUACACCUCCAGGUACUACCUCAAAUUCACCUUCCUGGAGCAAGCCUUUGAUAAACUGGCCGAUGCAGGCUUCCACAUGGUGGCUUGCAACUCCACGGGCACCUGUGCCUUCGCCCAUGACCAGACAGAUGACAGGAUCUGGACCUCUUACACCGAAUAUGUUUUCUAUCGUGAGUGA